CUCUCCAUAACAUAGAGGAAGAAAGUAACUUUGUGUGCCUGGCCACACCAUAGAAGAAGAUAGUAACUCACGGUGCUAAACACAUUGUUUUCCUGGAAACCUCAGCACAAGAAACAACAGUGUCUACAGGGUACACAGAAGCAGGAUUAAGAGCUGGUUUUGAAGGGAGGACAUUAUUUUGCCAUAAGUAUUGUGCCACUUGACAGACAGAUCGGAGGUCCAAUCAGAGUGUGGCUCAGCUGCUCCUAGUGCCCAAUGGGCCGCUACCUCAGCACUAACUUUGUGACGUACCUGGGCGCCAGGAGGCUCAGGUGUUACUCCAAGAUCAGCUGUGUGAGAAGACCUCAUGUGAAAAACACUAAAGCAAAACCGAGGAACUUGAACUCCACAAAUACAUUCUGGGACGUAUCAAGAAGAUGGACCCUUGUGCCAACUCCCCUGUGCCAACAGCCGGCGCGCCUGUAUUCUACCUCCAGCCGCAAUGUCUUCAAAGCACAGGCCCCCAUCGGCAUCUACCCGGAGGAGAAGCCCACCUUCCAGCUGCGUUUGCUGGGCAUGCGUCUCGGAGAGUCCUUCCAGCGCCUCUCCAGGCACAUCAACGUCUACUUCAAGCAGGGGGACCCGUCCAUGGCACCCAGCAUUGGCAACGGAGCUCUGGUGUACCCCUUGCAUGACCCUCAGAGAAGGCAACUCCGGCGGACUCAUACUCAGAGGAGUGUGAAAGAGAGGAGAAGUGUGGUGGAGGAGAGGAGGAUUGUGGUGGAGGAGAGGGGUAGUGUGGUGGAGGAAAGGAGUAGUGUGGUGGAGGAGAGGAGUAGUGUGGUGGAGGAGAGGAAUGGUCCGAUUGUAGAGGCAGCUGAGGCGUCGCCACCUCAGGAGCAGACGACCACCUCCAGGCUGUACAGCGGCCUCCAGCUCUUUCACAUCAGCUCCCUGGCCUCCAGGUUCGGGGAGAGCUACAGCUACGUGGCCGGUCACAUCAACUCAGUCUUCACCAGGAAUCCUUUCAGAGACAUGCACGCCAAGGUUGACGUCAGCGAAGAGUAUGUGAUGGUGAGGCAUGGCAGACGGAGGAAAACACUUAAAACAACCACAGACGCUGCACAGCCAUCAGCAGAUAAGGACGUGGUUAACAACACCAAUGCACAGAAAGUUAACAUCACUUUCCAACAUGAGGAAGCCAAAGACAACAUACUCGCCAGCUCAUCGGAGGAGGGCUACCUUCACUUCUCGCACCACAUUAACCGUUACUUUGGUGCAAAGGUCAUAGACUCACAGGCAGCGUCCGUGAAAGCACAGCCAAACUUCAGGCCGCACAGUCACACCCAAGGCCCCCCACAGCCGCCUCAUCCCAACUCCCCCAGCCUGUUCCACAUGAGCGAGACGUCGACCAGCUUUGGCGCCAACCACGCACACAUUGCCAGCCACAUCAACCACUUCUUCAAGGGCCCGCAGGGCUUCGAGGACGAUCUGGAAGGGGAUUACGUGGACCAUACCACAGCGCUGACCGUGGUCGCUCCCCCAAAGCCUAAGACCACUUCUUUCAUGGAGAGCCUGCUGCAGACGACCACUGCGGUACAAGAUAAGAUUGGCAGCUAUUUGGGACUGGGCUCUAAGAACCAGGAGGCCCAGGUCGAUGCCAAAGGCAUACCAAUGCCACCACCAGCAGCAGCAAAAACAGCAGCAGCAACAAGAGCAGCAGCAGCAGCAGCCGCCACCAGGGCCCAACGAACGUUUUUGGACCAGAGGAAAGUAGAAGAGAUGAUCAAGGUUCUCCUCAACAAUCUGAGGAGUGCUACGUUGCCAUCCACUAUCUUUGCCUGCACGGAGGAGUUGAACAGACAUCUGAUUGCGCAUCCUGCUCUCAAAGCAAUUGUUUGGCAGGAAAAGAUUGCUUUGCUUCUCUUGAGACAUCGGCGUAACCACCGUCAGGAUGUGAAGCUCCAGAGGUCCAUCCGGGAGGCCAUGGCCCUGAUUGGCUACCUGGAGCCGGUCAAAGGCCGCGGAGUGAGGGUGCUCUCCAUAGAUGGGGGAGGCACAAGGGGAGUGGUUCCUCUGGAGGUGCUGAGGAUCAUAGAGAAACAGACGGGCAAGCGGACACAUGAGCUGUUUGAUUACAUCUGUGGAGUAAGCACAGGUGCUGUGUUGGCCUUCAUGGUCGGUCUGGGCCGGUUCUCUCUGGACGACUGUGAGGAGAUGUACCGGGGCUUCGGGUCGGACGUGUUCAAGCAGAACCCCUUAGUGGGAACCAUGAAGAUGGGCUGGACCCACUCCUACUACAGCACCCAGAACUGGGAGACCCUGCUGAAGGAGAAGAUGGGUGAGAGGGUUCUCAUCAAAACGGCCAGGAGCGAACACUGUCCCAAAGUGUCAGCGGUGAGUGCGGUGGUGAACUGGGGUACGAGCCCCAAAGCCUUCAUGUUCCGCAACUACAACCACGCGCCGGGAAAGAUGAGCCGCUACCCGGGAGGCUCCUCCUACAAGCUGUGGGAGGCGGUCAGGGCCUCCUCCGCCGCCCCUGGCUACUUCAGAGAGUUCCCGCUGCACAGCGACAUACACCAGGACGGCGGUCUGAUCCAGAACAACCCGUGUGCACUGGCGGUGCAUGAGUGCAGGCUGCUGUGGCCGGGCCUGCCCUUCCAGUGCGUGCUGUCCCUGGGCACGGGUCGCUAUGACAACACUGAGAGAGGGCCCGCCACGUCCACCAGCCUCCGGGCCAAACUCAGCCACCUCAUAUACAGCGCCACGGACACAGAGGGUGUCCACACGCUCCUGGACGACCUCCUGGCGGACGACGUGUACUUCCGCUUCAACCCCAUGCUGAGUGCCGAGGUGGCCCUGGACGAGAGCCGCACGCACGCCCUGGACCAGCUCCAGACGGACACCCUGCAGUACCUGGACCGGAACCGGGACAAGAUCGAGCGGCUCUGCGACGUGCUGCGGACCGAGCGCACGGUGCUGUCCAAAAGCACGGACUGGAUCACAGAGAUGGCCUGGGAGCUGAAGCAUCGCUGGGCCUGAUCUUUUUCUUUCUUCUUUUUUCUUUUUUACCGGGUGUCUUCAGUCAGUACUAGGUGGACAUGUACGGGUGCGGAAGGCAUGCCAUGACUGUAUUGAGGAAAUGGUCAUGGAAAACCUCCGAGUUCAAAGAAGAGAUUAAUAUGAAGAGAUUUUUUUGUUGAGAAAUGUUUGGGAAGGUAUUCUAAUCUCCUUCUAAUAGUGUAUUUUCCCCUUGAAACAAUGAAGAUAUUUUAAAGACUCUUGACUACA